UGCUUUCCGUGCGCUGCAGCGGCGACGGCGCUCCCGUCUUCCUCCUCCUGCUGCUGUGCCAAAUUCCCCCACGGCGUCCGUCUGUCUUUAAGUCUGGCCGGUGCCAUCCCUCUCCGCAAUGCCCCCCAAGAAACAGGCUCAGGCCGGGGGCAGCAAAAAGGCGGAGCAGAAAAAGAAGGAGAAGAUUAUUGAGGACAAAACUUUCGGUCUAAAGAAUAAGAAAGGAGCAAAGCAACAAAAGUUUAUCAAGGCUGUCACUCAUCAAGUUAAAUUUGGUCAACAAAAUCCACGUCAGGUGGCACAAAGUGAAGCUGAAAAGAAACUGAAGAAAGAUGACAAGAAAAAAGAAUUGCAGGAGUUAAACGAGCUAUUCAAACCGGUAGUUGCUGCUCAAAAAAUAAGUAAAGGUGCAGAUCCCAAGUCCGUGGUGUGUGCCUUCUUCAAGCAGGGACAGUGUACUAAAGGCGAUAAGUGCAAGUUCUCUCAUGACCUGACUUUGGAGAGGAAAUGUGAAAAACGAAGUGUUUACAUUGAUGCAAGAGAUGAAGAACUUGAAAAGGAUACAAUGGAUAAUUGGGAUGAGAAAAAGCUCGAAGAAGUAGUGAACAAGAAGCACGGUGAGGCGGAAAAGAAAAAACCAAAAACUCAAAUAGUCUGCAAGCAUUUCCUUGAAGCUAUUGAAAAUAACAAGUAUGGCUGGUUCUGGGUAUGCCCUGGAGGAGGUGAUAAUUGUAUGUAUCGUCAUGCACUUCCUCCUGGAUUUGUGUUGAAAAAAGAUAAAAAGAAAGAAGAGAAAGAAGAUGAAAUUUCAUUAGAAGAUCUCAUUGAAAGAGAACGUUCUGCCCUAGGUCCAAAUGUUACCAAAAUCACUCUAGAAUCUUUCCUUGCGUGGAAGAAGAGGAAAAGACAAGAGAAGAUUGAUAAACUUGAACAAGAUAUGGAAAGAAGGAAAGCGGACUUCAAAGCAGGAAAGGCGCUGGUGAUCAGUGGUCGAGAGGUGUUUGAAUUCCGUCCUGAACUGGUCAAUGACGACGACGAGGAAGCUGACGAUACACGCUACACUCAGGGAACGGGCGGUGAUGAGAUUGAUGAUUCCGUGAGCGUAAAUGACAUAGACUUAAGCCUGUACAUCCCAAGAGAUGUAGAUGAGACAGGCAUUACCGUAGCCAGCCUCGAAAGAUUCAGCACGUAUGCUUCAGAUAGAGACGAAAACAAGCUAAACGAAGCUUCUGGAGGCCGGGCUGAAAAUGGCGAGCGCAGUGACUUGGAGGAGGACAAUGAAGCGGAUGCACAGGAGAACGGAGCCAUUGGCGCUGUUCCUGUGGAUGAAAACCUUUUUACUGGGGAGGAUCUGGAUGAAUUAGAAGAAGAAUUAAACACACUCGAUUUAGAGGAAUGACACCAAGUCAAGGAAAAGAUUAAGUCAGCUCAGCGUGAGUUGAAAUUGAGUACAUUUUUUUCACCUAGAAUCAACAGGAUCAACAGUUCAUUUCCCGUGCUGAUUGUGGAGGGCUUGGUCUCCUCCAAAAAAGGAAUAUUCUCCCUGCGUCUUCUCUUCUGACUUUGGCUACAUCUCAUAGUAAGUUCAUAGUAGUUCAUGAUAAAUUGAAAUAUAAAGGUCAUUGCAGAAAAUGAUCGUUGUAACUGUCCACUCGAGUAGGAAGUGUAACCGCUUUUCCGGCUUUUGGUUUUCAUUGGGCAUGUGUUAAUAUCAGCAACAUAAAUUUACACUCAAAGACCCUUUAUUUGAUGCAGUUUUCAGAGUGGUUUCCUUUCCUUUGUAUUUAUAUGGUUUAAAGACUGCCUAGAAUGUGAGCACUGUACUGUAUAAAAGAAACUGCCCGUGCAGAUUCAGUAUUGUGUAUCUCUGGACAAUUCGAUGGACGUGUGAAAUGGAACGUGAACCCAACGGGAUCAGCUGCAGUGCCCUGUGUUUUCCAUUCUUUUUUGCCAAUAAAGUUGUAAAUAAAGAACAUCAUACAUUAAAACCUGAA